AUGUCAUAUCCUUACCAGUUCACUUCAAGGUCGAGCAAGCAAGAAUUGCUUAGUGCCUAUUAUGGUAAGGACUUGUCAGACCUUCCAACGCCCUCGCUAGUAGUUGACAGAUCCGUGUUCAAAAAAAAUUGUGAGAAAAUGCUAAUGAAUGCGGAGCAUCUUCAUGCAGACUUUCGUGCUCAUGUCAAGACUCAUAAGACGGUCGAGGGUACGCUCCUACAGUUGGGUUCUGACGAAAGGAGAACGGAUAAAAUUGUCGUGUCCACCCUUAUGGAGGCCUGGGGCUUGCUUCCUUUAAUAGAGAAAGGUCUUAUAAACGAUGUGCUAUUCAGCUUGCCAGUGGUAAAGAGCCGACUCUCAGAACUAGCAGCCUUAAGUGAGCGCGUUCCCAACUUGCGUUUAAUGUUAGACAAUAGGGAACAACUGCAAGUUCUCUCUGAAUUCAGUGAAUCCUUCACCUUUCAGAAAAAAUGGUCCGUAUUUAUAAAGAUUAAUAUGGGUACUGACCGCGCUGGGUUUUCGGAUGACUUUACACUCAAAGAAACAUUGUGCGACCUAUUGAAGUCGCCGUUGAAAGACUACGUUUCUCUUUACGGAUUUUACUGUCAUGCCGGGCACUCGUAUGCUUCUUCAACAGAAGAACAAGCAAAGUCUUAUUUGCUGAAUGAGAUUACAAGUGGCAACGCCGCCUGCAAAAAGGCGUUGGAGGUAGAUCCUUCUUUGAAGCUUCAGCUUUCAGUUGGAGCAACACCAACAGCGCAUGCUUCUGAGAUGCUUAAAGUAUCAAGUUUGGGGAAAUUAUAUGGGAGACUUGAGCUCCAUGCAGGGAAUUAUCCUUUUUGCGACCUCCAACAAAUAAGUACAAACUGUAUUAAUUCAAAACAAGUUUCAUGCAAAGUACUAGCUGAAGUUGUUUCUUCCUAUCCCGGAAGAGGAUUAAAAGCCCCCGGUGAGCAACUAGUCAAUGCCGGAGUGAUUGCUCUAGCAAGGGAGUUUGGGCCGCUACCUGGCUAUGGAAGAUUGUCCUGUCCAGAAGAAUACGAAAACUGGAUUGUUGGAAGACUAAGCCAAGAGCAUGGUAUUUUGACUCCAUUAAAGGAGAGAGAAACCGCGAUGAUCCCGCUAGGCACGAAGGUUCAAAUUAUUCCUCAGCAUAGCUGCAUCACUGCUGCGUCCUAUCCAUGGUAUUUCAUUAUUGACAACGGAGACUCUGUCGUUGAUAUUUGGGUGCCAUGGAGGGGGUGGUAA